AGGUUGGAUCUACAUUCCUCACAGAGAUAUCUUUGCAUGCCCACAGCAUCAGUGCAAUGGCUUUAUCGCUGGAUGCGCGGUAUCUUUUCACAGGUUGUGAGGGUGGCUCGGUGAUUUGCACAGAGGUGAUGCAAACCAUGGAGGGUGAGGAGGGCGCUGUGUUGAAGGUCCCGACCAAUGAGCUUCAGAAACAGCUGGUGCACUACAGGCAUGGCGAAAGUGAGAAGACCGGCAAGGCACAAAAGGAGGAUGAGAAGAAGGCCCUGGAGCUCCAACAGAAACUUUGGGAAGCGGUGAAGGCGAUCUCGGCCACGACCGCUACAUUGGAUGACCUGCUGAUGAUCCCCAAGGCCUACCUCUCGGAACUGAUGAGCGAGAUCCGCGAGUUCGAAGAUCGAAUGCAAGGUUUAAAACAUGAAAGCGCACACGUCUUGAAGGAGAAGGAACAGGAGCUGUCAGAAAAGCUGCUUUCCAUCCAGAUCGAGCGACGCUCGGAGAGGAGCCUGGCUGAUGAGAAGUAUGACAAUCUCUUCCUACAGCUGAAACAGUCCACUGAGCGACACGACCAGGAGAUCCGUGAGGCCAACACAAACUUCGAUCUUCGCCACAAGAAGAUGCAGGACGAGUUCGAGGGCACUAUCUCGAAAGAGUACGAGAAGAACAGCAAACUUUUGGAUGAGUUGCAAAACCUUCGGGAUGAAUUCGAGGGCGACAAGUCCAAGUUGCUGAAAGCCCAUGAAGAGCAGCUUCUUCAACUUCGCAGUGCUCAGGAACAAGCUUUGAGAGACUGGAGGACAGAGUAUGACAAGGUUUGCAGCCUGCUGAAAUCCGAUGGCUUGAAGUUUGAAGAAGCUUUGCGCCAGCAGGAGUUUGAGUACGAAAAUCAGAUCGUGGAAAUCGUGGAAAGAGAGCGCAAGGCUCUGCAGGACGAGUCCGAGAAGUCCACCACAGCACUGAAGGACGGAGUCAGCAUGAAGCAGACCAUCGGCAUGUUGCAGAACCAGGUCAAAGCAAAAGAGGCGGAGCUUGUUGAGGCUGCAGAACGUGAAGAAGCCUUGAAGAAAAAGUUGCAAGCUUCGCAAGAAAUGGUGGAGAAGGUCAGAGCUCAACUGAAGGAGCGAGAAAGAAGCCUAAAGGUAAAGGAUGAAAGCCUCAACAAGUUGAGAGAGCAAAUGAAGCACUUGGAAAGCUUCCGCUUCGUGCUCUUUCACAAGGUGAGGGCACUUGAAGAAGAACGAGAUCCGCUGGAAGUGCAGGUAAACUCACUCAAGACCAGUGUUCGAGAAAUGUACACUGAGUUUGUUCGUGAGUUCCGGCAGAAGCAAAAGCUGGAUCAUGCACUGAGCGACAAGAGCAUGCUAUCAUCGUCCUUGCAACAGGAGAAUGUGGAGAAUCUCAGCUGCAGUGCAGAAUUCAGCCUUUGUGUGAAAGUAGCUGGCACUAUGGCAGUGCUUCUGAAUCAAUCAUAG